ACAUACUACAUACCUACUGGGGGGUGUCAAAUAAAGAUUUCUCAUUUUCCUUCGUAAAGAUGGCGGCUUUUUACGAUGGCUGCAUAAAUUGCAGACAACAUAGACAACUGAGAGAAGUCACACGCAUAGAAACCCAACAGCAUUGAGGUUGUUAUCCAUGUAGUUCUAGGUGUUUAAAACCAUAACAAAACUGGAAAGUUUUCCAGUGAAAGUUUAAAAUGUCCGUUAACGAUUCAUCUUUUAUUGCGGUUGUCAUCCUCAUCCAGUAAUGAGUUUCGAAGGCACGCAAUUAAAGAUUUUAAAUUUGGCAGCUGCAAUUGCUGAAACCGAAGAUUACAAUGUGGCAUUUACACUUCAAAAAUUACAAGAGAUUGUUAAGGAUUGUCCUCCAGGAUCAAAAAUUGGCAUUAAAGUACGACAACACAUUUGGAAUUACGACAUUCUGCAUGUUUGCUCCACAGCCCUUCUUCAGGACUAUUCAUGUAUUGAUAAAGGAUGGGAUAUAGCAGCUAAACUCUGCUCAAUAUUAUGCCAGUGUUGUGAUGGAUCUGAGCUGACAACAUCAAUACAAUUUAAUGAAACAUUCUUACCAAAUCUGUUGGAAAACAUGUUGGAUUUGUGUUUCAAGAUUCAGGAGGUCUAUUUAGCUGCAGAGGCAGCAUUAAGGCAUGAACUGUACAUAAACUUGAAAAAAGUUACAGAUUCCUUGUCGUGGUUGGUGAACUUUUCUCCUUCCUUGAAUAUGAAAGCGAUGGAAUCCAAAAAAAUGAUGCAAAUGUUGAUGGUUGAAGAUGCUGAAACAUCUUUACUCAUUCUCAGUCUUAUUCACAACAUACUUAAACGUGAUAGGAAUAUUCUUGAUAAGUCAAGUGAUGGUACACGCUCAAGUUUAUUAGAUGAACUCAUUUAUAAAAUUGCAGCAUCCGAAGAUAUUUCUAUUGGAAGGUUAGCAUGCCAAUUGCUACUUUUAUUUAUUGAUCGUCAGCCCUCAGUUGUCGACUUACUUUCAUCUCAAAAAUACAGAGGCUUAAAAACGUAUUUGAGCAAGUGGAAAGAAAAAGGUUUUGAUAAUGAUUUGAAGAAAUUGACAGCUAUUCUGGAAGCUGGGGAUGUUGCUCAUGCAGAGUUAAUGAAAAAAGAGUCGGCUGCCUCGAUUAUCAAGGCCUAUUACAAAGGUUACAAAGAAAGAAAAAUGCUUCAGAGAAUGAAUGUUGGUGUUGUGAAGUUUCAAAGACUCUACAGACAGUAUAUCAGAAAACAAGAAGAACGUUUGAAAAUAAAAUUGCAACGCGAUAAGCAUCAUCAUGAGAACAUAUCGAGACAAAGAGAUUUUCGUGAAAGUUUGAACAAAAAUCUUAUAACGUUGGAACAUGUACCAGCAAAUAAAGUACAAGAGUAUUUCCUUGAAACACAAAACGUUUCUGCUAUUAAGAUACAGUCUGCAUUUCGUGGAAUGCAAGCAAGACGACAAAUAAAGUUGAGACGUGAAAAGGUGCUCCAUGAUGCAGCAUGUGUUAUACAAAGACAGUAUCGGAGCCAUUUGAAAAGAAAGAAUAGAUAUAGAAAGAUUACAUUUGAUUUGGAACCAAAUGAACUUGACGAUACUCGUCGAACGGAAAUUCAGGAAAAAAUACUACGGUUUCGUGAGAAAAUGGCCACUAAAGUUUGGAACGAGGAAAAUGUGAAGCAGCGCCAUUAUGAGACCCAACGUCUACUGGAAAGUCAUUUGAUGAUUUAUGGAAAGUCAAGAAAAACUGAGCAAAGAAGAGAAGCUCUUUUGGCUAAAUUGAAUGUGGAUGCUGAAUUGUUACUGGCUUCUCCCCAGUUGAAAGAUGCAAAUAUGGAUAUAAUCAAUACGUACACGUCGCAAUCAACACCUGUAGUCAGAAAAGCCCAGUUAGAUCAUGCGAAAGAGCUAUCAAUGUUACGGGCUCCUUGGUGGAAAAAAUUAUCGAGAGAUAAUAACGUGUAUCUAGUUGAAGACAAAUCGGUUGAUGAAAAAAACGAAGAUUUAAAUUUCUAGUUUUUACUGAUGUAAAUGUCAAUUUAUUUUAAAUUGUUAUUAAGGGAUUAAACGUACAUAAGACUGUUAAGAUUUACAAAUUAUGUUACACACAGUAUCCCAAUCCAUGACCUACAGUUUUGUGUAUAGAUAACACAUCUAUCAUUUUAACAAAAAAGGAACUUUGGUGAAAAAAAGAUGAAAUCCCGCUUUGUUGUUCA